AGCUAAACUUCCGAUUAGAAUUUUUCGCUUUGUUUGGCAUGUUACUCUGGUACUAAAUACAUAAAAGUGAUAAGAUUUCAGGCGUUAUUCUUAUUUUCUUCUAGAUGAAACGCAUCACGUAGCCUACUUCUCAGUAUUUGCGCACAGUUUAUCGAUUGACUCGAGCGGCUCCUCCUUAAAAGGGCAACAGUUUCAGCGAGUGGACCCAGCAAACACUAGCACACAGGAUCAUAAUGAGGAACAGCACUGUCCCCCAUUCACUUCUAUUGUAUGGGCACAUAACCAGGGCAAGUAAAUGAGGUCCAGUUAACAACAUUCUUCAAAAUAUUUUCUUUGUGUUCUGCUGAAGGAAAACGGGAUUUGAAAUGACAAGAGGGUUGUUUGAUUGCCAGCUGUCAGUGUGAUGACUUCUAAAAACAUUCUGCGCAGUCAGCGGCGCAGGGAACUGGACGCACGCAGGAGUAAAUCGCGGGUGCGCCUGGGCUCGUGCCUGCAGAGCUGGGGUCAGCUCAAAGAGGAACUGGGCUUCACGCUUCACUCAGAGCUUGCCCAGCAUCUCCUAGACAGCUACUAUUCCAGAAUUUGUAUCAAGUGCUCAGCUAAUGAGAAACCAGAUGCCAAAAGAAGUCUGUCAACUACCACGGAAUCUUUGCAGGAACUUAUUCUGCUGGUCCACAACCAUGGACAGAAAUGCCCCCUUCCACUUGUCCUGCAGUCUAAGACUAUAACAAAACAACAAGAGCAGAAUAAGAGUGCCCAUGAAACAGGAAGAACAGUUCUGCAAUCUGAGUCCGAGGACUAUGGUUACUUAUCUGGGGUGGACAUGUGUCUAAAAUACACUUGUGAUGGUGGCCAUCAUUUUUCGUGGUCUCCUAUUGAAAGAGUGAAAUCUAAAAAUGAGAGAGAUGGCAACAGUGGAGAUGUGUCCCCCGCUAGUCCGAAGAGGCCCAGACGGGGCAAUGAGCAAUUGGUGGAGCCAAUCACUUUAAGCCAAGAGUUGCCUAAAGUGACAACCCGACAACGACAGGGACGUAAACAUGACGUUACUUUAAAUAAAUCAGAAGAGAGAAGUGAGGCAGGAUCUGAAAUUUCUGGAGACAACAAAAAUGCAGAUGUCACAGUGACUGAGACUGAACAGGAUGCUGUCCAUGAGGGAGGAAAUGAUGAAACUGAUGUCUCUCACCUUUCGGAGCAUAACAUUGAAGAAACUGCAGUGCUUAAUUUAACCAAAAGAGGGAACCAGAGGAGAGUAGAUGCUUCAGAUAAGCAGAACGCCAACAGAAAAGCAGGAAUGCUUGAAAAUAAUUGCCCACAGUCUUUGAAAGAUGACAUGUCUCAGAUCAGUGGCAGGAAGAAAAGGAAAAUAACACAGAAAGUAAUUUUGCCUUGCGAGUUUGUGGGCUGCGAUAAGAUUUUCUCCAGUCGGCAAUAUCUAAAUCAUCACGUCAAGUACCAGCAUCUCCAGCAGAAGACCUUCUCAUGCUCGCACCCCACCUGCAAUAAGUCGUUCAACUUUAAGAAGCAUCUGAAAGAACAUGAGAAGCUGCACAGCAAUCAGAGAGACUAUAUCUGUGAGUUCUGUGCCCGGGCCUUUCGAACCAGCAGUAACCUGAUCAUCCAUCGGAGGAUACACACUGGAGAGAAACCGCUGCAGUGUGAGGUGUGUGGAUUUACCUGUCGCCAGAAAGCCUCUUUGAACUGGCACAUGCGCAAGCACAACGCUGAGAGCGCUUACCAGUUCCCCUGUGAGAUCUGCGGCCGUCGCUUUGAAAAAAGAGACAAUGUCACAGCUCACCGCAGCAAGAGCCACCCUGACUACAGUGCACCCACGCUGCAAACCUGCUUUUCUGUGUCUUCUGUCUCGGACCCACUCCCGCAGACAUCAGUGCAGCACAGAUCUUCCCCUGUUGCUUUCGUGAAUGACAGCACUCGAGCAUAACAUCUGUGGUGUUUUGUCUAUAAAUACGUAAUAGUUUGUGGAUCCCUGCUUCGAAGAACACAAGCCUUGAAGCGUUAAAAAUGAAAUAUUAUCAAAAGCUGAUACAAUGGCUAUUUAUGAUCCAGAUGAGCUUUUAAGUUCUUUAUGUCAUGUGUUGCUGAAUCUUGGCCUCUGUUAAACUGACCUGAAUUUGCAUAUUAAUUAAUUGUCAUUACUGUAGUUUUGUUUAUGAUGGGUAUUAUACAUUACUAGUGAGUAACGUUAGAAGUAUAGCAUUUAGCCUUGCGUUUUAUAUAUCUUAUGGUUAAGAGAUGUUGUGUACAAUUUAUGAAAAACAUUGUGUUUACUUUUUGGAGUAAAUAAAUCUGAAAAAAUG